AUGAAGGUGCGAGGGGCACAUUGGAGAUGGAGGCUGAUUUUUUCAGCAUUCUCGUUAGCUUUCGCUAAUUCACAAGACAUAUCAGCGUGCUGCGAUAAGGCCACAGGAACAUGUCGGAGCGUUUGCGAAAAGAUGUCGUUAGUCGAGAUAGCAUCAGACUCGGCCAUGAGGGAGGAGAGAAUACAGAACAUCUAUAAGUUCUGUACACCACAACUGAUAGAGUUCUGGAUAUGUAUGAACCAAACAAUACAAGAAGUAGUAUCGGGUUCUGGGUGGUGGGGGCGCGCAUGCUGUUCCCUUGGCCAUUCGCCCUCGUGUAGAAGAGCUUGCGCCACCGCAUCAGAUGCUGCGGCUCUGUCCAACACGUGUCGUAGAUCCGAUGAAAUUGCUUUCUUCGACUGUGUCCAGAAGCAGCAGGAAGCUCAAUGGUGCUGUUCUCAAACCCAAUCGCUAAGCUGCCACGAGGCGUGCUCCCGCGCAGUGUGGCGUGUUGGACAGACUCGAGCGAGCAGCGCUGCCCGUGAUCGAGCAGUCGAAGCAUGUGACCAGUCCCCACCACUACUGCGGUGUCUUUCAGAACUUACAGCUUCCACUGUUCAUGCUGACACAUCAAAAUAUUUGCCUUGUUGUCACGAGUCUCCAAGCUCUGAGUGUCGAAACACAUGUGAAACUGUUCUUCGAAGAACAGGAGAGUCUCAGGAAAUAGCAGAAGCCCUGUCGCAGGAAUGUGGAGCGCCAGCCAUCCACGACAAUAUGUGGCAAUGCUUCCUUAGAAAGGACGCACCACCAGACACCAAAGAUGUUAUUCCUCACGAUGUUGCGAAAUUGCACUGUUGUCAUAAGGGCGCUACAAUAAAUUGUCGAAGACUAUGUUUCAACACGUUUAGUUCUGGCUGGCAAACCAAUUUUCAAAAGUUUUACUCAGAAUGUUUAGGCGAUCCCCAAGAAACCGAAUUGGCUGAAUGUAUUGAAGAAGUUGAAUCCCCCUGUUCCUUGGGAUGUGCUGGUCUGACAUACUGCAGCCAGUUGAAUAACCGUCCCAGUACUUUAUUCCGUUCGUGUUCAGCACAGGCUGAUCUAGACGCACAUCUUGCUGUUGCAGAACAAAAGGGAUCUGGGUAUGUAACAGUAGCAGGUAUGCAGCUGCCUUUAAAAAAUUCCUCCCAAUGCAAUACAGAUAUAUGGAAGAGCGUUGCGUGUGCGCUUCAUGUGAAGCCCUGUACGAAUAAGGGUCACAGCAGUCUUCUUUGUAUGGAGGAUUGUUUAAAGUUGGUAUCUUCGUGCGUAGAAUGGUCUCGGGCACCACUAUCUGCGCCUGCGCUAUGUGCCCGUCUCGCUCCAAAGCACGAGAACGCACCGUGUGUAUCUCUCUCUGACUUCAUGACGCCUAGUUCAGAACCAGCACUACUAUCCGCAAGCGAAGCGGUGCGUUCACCCUGCGCGGGUGCACCGUGCAAUUCCUCACAAGUCUGCGCACUCAACAGAAGUUGUACCACCAGUGACUCUUGCGCGCGUUUCACUUGUUUGGAUGGAUGCCCCUUAGGUGAUGGAAGCCCUUACAUCGUAGCUAUAGGGUCGUGGGUUCGAGUACCUAUGCCAUGUGCUUCACAAAAAGUUUGUAUCAAAAUCUGCCGUUGUACAAAUCGAGGUUUAACUCAUUGUCAGCCUCUACCCAGUGUGGCCUUGGAUAACUGCCGGCUUCACGAUAAAAUAGUUAAACAUGGUGAAAAAUAUUACAUGGAGUGCAACCCGUGCCGCUGUAUGUCGGGGGAGCGGGUCUGCGGUCGAAGGGCUUGCGGGCGAGCUGCCCUGAUGACCGGUCUCCCUUGCAACUGUCCACCUCACCAUUUACCAGUCCACACGCCGGGUAGACUGUACCCUAACGCGUGUCUUGCUAAAUGCGCGGGCGCAACCGACGGUGAGAUAGAGUUCGGUUCACGUUCCGUGUGCGCAAACGCAGCUUGCCCGCGUCGACAUGUGUGUCUACCAGCGACAUCUGUCUGUCUUUCGAGAUUGCAACUUGACUGUCCGCAAUAUACAUGUGUGAACAUAUCAAAUUGCAAUGCACAUGCGCCCGCGCCGGUUUGCGAUACAGACGGACACACGCAUGCUAAUCCGUGUCAUUUGGUUAUGAGUGGGAGGAAGCUGGCGUACUGGGGGCAUUGUUUGCAAGGGUGUUCUGCGGUCGGUACGGUUUGUGGUGUAAAUGGAGUGACAUAUUUUUCUGAAUGCGCCGCGUGGGCCGAAUACGUAAGCGUCGAUUAUUUCGGCCCGUGCUACGCUGUCGGGCCCAUAUCAGACCUUAUGGAACCAAAAUGCCACUUAGACCGAAUCUUGUGUCCGCCUUUAAAAAACCCGAAUUGCCUCGGAUUCACCGCCCCUGGGGCGUGCUGUCCAAAAUGUGGAGGUGCUUUGAGAAUACUCUACUCAAAAAAGCAGAUAGAUAGAGCUCUAUAUGGUACAAACAUAUCUGCGUCUGUUAUCAACCUCAGAAAUGUGUUGUCGGCUUUAGAAAAGCACGUAAAAGUGGCCGAAUGCGCGCUACGUGGCUAUUUAACUAUUGAAAUGGAGAUUUUCGUAACUAUAGAAGCCAUUGUAAAGAACCCGACAGAUUUGCAGUUGAAGGUGUGCGUUCUUGAAGCCGAGAAAAUAGCUGAUCUCAUAAAUAGAGAUAGUGCGUUAAUAACUAGUGAUUUAGGGUUAAGUGCUUUGUCCUACGCUUUAGUUAUCCAUACUUCUCCCACUCAAGGAGUUGGUGGUUUAGCUCUGUCCCUCGUUACCGUUGCGUAUUCUCUUAUAUUUGUUUAUGUGUUGAGGUAA